AUGGAUAAGCCUGGUGACCCCGCCACUUCGACUUCUGGAGGGGGCUCCAACUCGGCGGGUCCGCCACCCCACGGCACCCGCCGCUUCAAGACAGCCGACAUCACCAGCAAACGCGUGCGAAAGCCCGAACUGCCAGUCCAGCACAACCAAGCCACUUGUCCCUCCCGCGUCGGCCUCUCCCUUGACUGGCGCACCAACAGCACCGGCGACACCAGCAGCGUCUGCACUCUCACCACCACCCACAACAGCACUCAACCCAGCGACACCCAGACUGACCGCCCUGCCGCGCUGGCCAGCUUCGCUGAGGACUUCGUUGAUGGCGUCUUCUCCAUCGGCGCCAGCAGCCUCCUCGCCCCCCGCAGCUCCCGCACACGCACCGGCCAUCACCGCACCUGCCGCGAUGUCGCCGAUCCUCCCACCAGCGCCCCGAAUACCUCUUAA